AUGGUCCACCCACCGGGUUCCCCAGUGCCGCUGGAGCAGGAACCAACACACGAGCAAGAGGCUAUACAGGACCUACUCAUCCCUGGCGUUUCAUCUUCUUCCUCUCCAGAUGAGGCGGUGGCGGGGACCUCCUCCUCCGGGCCCCCUCCGAUAGACCUAAGAGCCCAUCAAGACCUUCUUAGGAGGGUAGCGCUCAACAUCAGUCUUCUAGUGGAGGAAGUCCCAGAGGUCAAGGACCCAGCUGUCUCCAACCUGCUGCCCGAACUGCAUUACGCCAUCCAAGACUUACCUUUUGACGGCAAGAGUCUGUUCUCGGAGAAGACCGAACCCAGGUUGCAGAGCUUAAAGGACAACAGGGUCAUCAUGCCCUCUUUGAGCAUGCAUACACCCGUGACCCAACACAGACCCUUCCGGCCCCGGCCCCAGCCCCACCAGCCGUACUUUGUGCCCAGGCGCAGGCGGGGUGGCUCCUUGCAAGAAGCUGAAUCUCGAUUUCGAGAAAUAAAACUUCAGCGAGAAGCCAAAGAAACCCAAGAAAAUGAACGUAAACCUCCACCAUACAAACACAUAAAGGUGAACAAACCUUGUGGUAAAGUUCAGAUUUAUACUGCUGACAUUUCUGAGAUUCCCAAGUGCAACUGCAAACCCUCAGAUGAAAACCCUUGUGGUUUUGAUUCUGAAUGUCUAAACCGGAUGCUAAUGUAUGAAUGUCAUCCACAAGUUUGUCCAGCUGGAGAACGCUGCCAAAAUCAGUGCUUUACCAAACGUCAUUACCCUGAGACAAAGAUCAUCAAAACCGAUGGCAAAGGGUGGGGUCUGGUCGCUAAGAGGGACAUAAAAAAGGGAGAGUUUGUGAAUGAAUAUGUUGGUGAACUAAUCGAUGAAGAGGAGUGUAGGGCAAGAAUCAAAUAUGCACAUGAAAAUGACAUCACUCACUUCUAUAUGCUCACUAUUGAUAAGGACCGUAUUAUUGAUGCUGGCCCCAAAGGAAACUAUUCUCGUUUUAUGAAUCACAGCUGCCAACCAAAUUGUGAGACUCUAAAAUGGACAGUGAAUGGAGACACUCGUGUAGGCCUGUUCGCUGUGUGUGAUAUUCCUGCAGGGACAGAGCUGACUUUUAACUACAACCUUGACUGUCUGGGCAAUGAAAAAACUGUCUGUAAAUGUGGUGCCCCAAACUGCAGUGGAUUUCUUGGGGAUAGACCAAAGAAUUCUUCCACUAAUUCUUCAGAGGAGAAAGGCAAAAAGACCAAAAAAAGAACUCGGAGACGUAAAACAAAAAGUGAGGGAAAGAAAGAGUCUGAAGAUGACUGUUUCCGUUGUGGGGAUGGAGGUCAACUUGUAUUGUGUGACAGGAAAUCUUGUACUAAGGCAUACCAUCUCUCCUGUCUGGACUUGGUGAAACGUCCUUUUGAACUGAACCUGACAUAUGAAAAGGAGAAACAAGCAAAGCCUGUCUAUUCAAAGCCAAGUAAAAUGAUGACCAAGCCAAUGUCCCAGGGCAGGAGGAGUUGGCUGAAUAUAGAGUUGGUGAUAUGGGAACUCUGCCUGUGA